AUGUCUUCUGUUCUCGCCCCCCCCGAAGCCGCCUCGCGGACAACGUCUCCGACCCGACGGUCAGCCGUCGCGUCCGUCUCGUCCGUCGCGGCCGCCGCCGUUGGUGCCGCCUCAGCAACACUCCGUCGCCUGGGGCUGCUGUCCGACACGUCGCUGGCGACGGCGGAGAAAGGCAAGGCGGUCGCGGCGAGGCACGACGCGGGGGACAAGGAAAGCCAGAGUGCGAGCGAGAGCGAGAGCGACGCCGACUCGUCCGUCUCCAUGCACGCCCACAGCCACGGCCACAACCGCCACAACCACCGCGACUACGAUCCCGAGACGGACUGGGCGUACGAGCUGCCGCUGUCGCUGCCCGUGGGCGCCUACUACUGGUAUUUUUAG